CCAGACCCGCAUAGACGAUACUAACUUCCACAAGUUGUCCAACUCACCAGCUCAUGGAAGGGCUUUUCACCUGUCUGAGAUGUGCGAGGGCACUGUCAGGCGUGGGACGAUGUCGUCCGAACGCCAAUAUUGCACGACAGAUAUCCGGCCGCCGCAACUUUGCCUCGAGCUCCGCAUUCUACAACCCUCCUCCUAAAGCUAGCCUUACCACGAAUGCACUUCAAUCACGGAACUCUCGACAAUCGAUUCGGGCGGCAUCUUCAGCUGUAGCACCUGCUCAAGAGGAGGAUAACUUUGAACGUCACAACAUCCCACCGACCGACUAUGGCGAAUGGCGCGCCCACGGGCGAGUUUUGCUCCAGCCAGACCAGCUAUUUCAUCCAUUCACUCAGUCGCCUAUUCCUGAGAUCCGACAGAGAGCUCGGUUCAUGAAGCAACACGCUCUAUGCCCUCAUCCGGCGCACCAGCAAACCCGAGUACCCAUCUCUCCGCACGAUCCAGAAGCUAGAAAAGUGAAAGGAGUCAGUUUACAACCACCAGCUCAUGUCGAGUACGAGUGUCCGGACUGUGGCAUACCUGUCUACUGCUGCGAAGAGCAUUGGGCAGAUGAUUUUGAAGCCCAUCUCGAAAUCUGCGAUACUCUCAGGCAAAUCAAUGAAGAUGACCAUGAUCUGCGGUCUGGUCGGUGGUUUCCAGAGUUCGAAUACCCGGGGCCUCAGAUUGAUGAGAUCUUGGUCAACAUGACGAAUUGGGACACGUAUCUCUAUACACGACAACAUGAGGCCAUCAACGAAGACAGGAGUAUGCGGCAGGCCACCAGACUACUGACAUAUCCACUGUCACUUGCGAGUGUGCUUCACGAACUGAGCCCAUACAGCAUCCGAGCUGGAGGUAGACUCACAACGGAGGGAUUAAAGAGUUUAACUGCUCUACGUUACACACUUCAUCCGCCGAAAACUGGUGCAGGUCUAGGUAUCAAGGGCUUAAGAUUGUCCAGUCCUCCCGUCCGGCUAUUUAUCCUUGGUGCUCGAGCUGAGUCUUCGCUACCGCGCGAAAUCUGGACCCAGCUCUCAUACCUAUUUCCUCAAGCGCUCAUCCACCUCAUUUUCAUCGGACCAGAGUCGAUGGCCAACCGAGACGCCGAGUUUCCACUUCCAGAAAGAACGCCGACAAACCCAUUCGGUGCAAUUGUCGAAGAUCGAAUUUCGCCCAAGAUGAAGAUCUCUACAUAUGUGGAAUAUUUCGACACACUCCACGAAGCUAAUCUUUUCUACCCGUACGACCCAUACUUUGACUGCUUUAUGCUGUACCAUCCCGGACUUGGGCAUCCAGCAUCUGCCCACGAAUGGGAAAAGACCUUGCCCCAGUUACUGGAGACGAAAUGUCCGAUCAUCUGCACCGGCUACACGGAGUGGGACAUGAACCGAGACUGGCAAUGGGUUAUGGAAAAGUGUGCUGGCGAGGUAGACUUGCUUAUGGAGCCUGGGGAGAAUCACUUCCGGUCAUUGAGAUGGGACCUGAACGACCUUGAUCCGCAGGAUAUCAGCUGCGGCAACUGGGGCAUCUGGGCAUUCCGAGGAAAGAGGUAUGAAGCCACGACGCGAGGAUCCAUUGAAUAGAGUGCGGAACAUAUCUACCAGUGCUUCGUACUCGUAAAAUUUACAAACAAUGCCAAACCUUGCAGGGGUGGUAGGCUGUGGUUGUGGCUGUGCUAGAGGCACCACGCCUUGUUUGUGUAUAAGCUCUGUAUAGUCCAUUGGCUCCGUCUGGGCAUGCGUAGAAAAUGUCAGCAUUGCUGCAGGGGGCGUAUCCGUACGAGUACUGCGUAUGGCGAAACAUGGAUAUUCGGCAUCAGUCAUGAUCAUUACUGUGGUAGACCAU